UAUGUCAGUGUAUUUAAUUAACAGCUUUGGACCUUGCUGACCAAACAAAGAAGAUGUAGAUCUAAUCAUCUUGGAGAAAUUCAUUUCCUACAAAGUUCUACUUGGACAUGUCUUCGCACGGAACGUCUCUUCAUUUCAUUGUGGUUCUUCUAUCACUGCUGAUUGACGGACAUGGUUGUGUGGAGACAAAGCCCAGCUCAAACUUCACUUCCUGUUCAACUGAUUCUAACUGCGAUCAUGGAAUGUCUUGUGUCAGGUCGACCUGUAGAUGUCCAAUGACCAUGUAUUACGAUACAGUUCUGCAUUGCCUCCCAGAGUGUCACACGACAGUCACUGAACCGUUCGGCUCUAUAGCGAGCCCAAGAAACUCCAGCAUGUACAGAAAUGAAACGUUCUGUACUUGGUCAAUACGAGGACGACCCAAUACAUUUGUUGCAUUCAAUCUUUUAAGUCUAGACCUGAAAGCCAGCCUCAAUUGCAUCAACGACAACUUGGAGUUUUUCGAUGGUCUGAGCGCCAGCUCACGCUCUCUAGGUCGUCAGUGUGGAAUGUCUCACACCACAAGCAUCGUGUCAACAUCCAACCUCAUGUACAUCGUCUUGAACAGGUCGAAAAAUGUGGGGGGAACAUUUGCUGCCAGGUACAGCAUUCAAGAAUGCAACCAGACGAUGACCGAGACAAGCGGACGUAUCCAAAGUCCCGGCUACCCUGUGCGAUAUUUUCCGAACUUGCGUUGCUUCUGGAGCAUUAAUGUCGACCCUGGGAUGCUGAUAGUUUUAAGUCUUCCCAACAUUAGCCUCGAGUCCAGCUCACUUUGUGUAUACGACAAUGUGCAAAUUUUCGACGGACGCAGCACUGACACCAGGUCCAUGGGGAAAUUCUGUGGGCGAACAUUUUCAAGCGUGAUUUCCAGCUCCAGUUCUCUGUUGGUGAUGUUCCGGUCAGACGGAAUGGUAGAAAGUUCUGGUUUCUUUGGCAACUAUACCGCUUUUAGCUGUAACUUGACUACGACUCAAACUUUUGGCCAUUUGACUAGCCCAGGCUAUCCCUGGAACUACUCAAGUAAUGUCACAUGCUCAAUGACCAUUAUUGGACAGCUAGGAACCACAGUCAUCUUAAGUUUUAACGAUGUUGCCCUAGACUCAUGCCUGGAUUGUUCUUGUGACUAUGUUGAAGUGUUUGAUGGUGCCAGCACCAGAGCUCCAUCAUUAGGCAGAUAUUGCAACUCUUCAGCCAAUGGGACAAAAUCUUCUAGAAACCUGGUGCAUCUUUUGUUCCACACGGACGGUGUAGGAGUAAACAGAGGAUUUAACGUCACCUUUUUAGUCUUGGGAUUACCACAAGGAGCAGAAUGUCUGUCCACUCAUCAAUGCAGUAUUGGUGUCUGUACCAAGGGUCAAUGUGACUGUCCAGAUGAUCAGUUUUACGGCAGCCUGCAGACAUCCUGUGUUUUAAAAUAUCGCAAGCUCCACCAAUGCAAUGACACCCGACAAUGUCAGGAGAGUCUGACCUGUGUUCAGGGUCACUGUGAGUGUUUAGAGAGUGAAACCUUUGAUGUGAUCACAGCUGCCUGUAUCAGAAGGCUGUUUCAUGGCGAGGAAUGCAGCCUUCAGUUAGAAAACAUCUGUCUUAGUUCAGAAAUGGUCUGCAGACCCGAUUUCGAGAAUACGUCUCGCUGUCUUUGUAAAGAUAGUUCGAUAUUUAACGGCUAUACUUGCUCCUCUGACGACCUUGCUAAAAUUCAAACAAUGGUCACUCCCUAUAAGGGUUGCUAUGAAGUUGACCUGGUCUGGAUGCCUGCCCAUGUUUUCACGAACAUCUCUUAUCAGCUGACCUGGUGUAAAUCCAGCGCUGCUGAUGGCGAUAGGAUACUGAUGACCACCACCAAUACAACCGCUCGAUUGACCGGACUGUCCCCAGGAGAGGAGUACAUUGUCCAGAUUUGCACAGUUUUGGCACAAUACAACUUCUAUCCAGAGAUCUAUGUUUGCAUGGAUUUCACUGUGGUCACAAUUCCGGAAGUACCUGGCAAACUGAACAGAGUGACUAGCUCGCUGUUUCAAGUUCCGUAUGUCCUGAGGUUUGAACCAAUACUAGGUGGCGCGGCCUACUACGAGCUAACAUUGAUUGACGAUGAGGACACCCAGACCUACAAAGUCAUGGAGUCUGAGGUACAUAUCAGUCCAUCGCGACUAAAUGUCUUGCAGGCUUACUGCAUCAAAGCCUUCAAUAAACUUGGAGAGAGUGGACACUGUCGAAUUGGAGUAGUACAUAUCACUAACUCUGGAGACGUUCUGGUAAGACCUACAACAGAAGAUUCUUUGGACUGGAAAUUAAUUUUCACCAUUGGUCUCGGCUGUGUCAGUUUCUUAUUGCUGGUUGGUUUAAUUACAUUAACUCUGGCUCUGAGAAGGCAAGGGAGACCAAUCAAGAAAAGCAGCGGGAAUACAGACGAGUUUAGUCAGAUUUCUUUCUGUCUGAACCCUUUCAAAACCAAGGUCGUCAAAGGUUCAGAAGUCAAGGGUGAAACCAGUGAGCAUCCCUAUGACACCACACAUUUAACAAGAGAGUAUGGUGACUUGAACAUAUAUACCAUCCCUGGUGAGUAUGGUGUGAGGAAUGCUGGUGCCACACAAGAUGCCGCCUACUCCAACUCCACACAUUAAGAGGACACGGAUAUUUGUGUUCAAAAAUAAGCCAAAAAUUGUUGUAUUGUACAUACAUCGUUAUAUUAUAAUAGACUCUGUAUACAGUGUCACUGAGUUUUCCAAUGCAAAAAAAAAUGUAGGCUCAAAGAUAACAAAAUGUUAUGUUUAGGAUUAUUUUAAUAGGUAAGCGCCAAAGAACUAAGCUUUUAAAAGAAAUUAACACUUUCUGAAAAUGUGCGAUUUUACUCCUAACCCUAGUUUUUGCCAGUGGCGUUAUUAGGUAUUAGUUGGGUGUGCGGGGUGCGAACUGUUCUAGUCUAUAUUCAGCAGGAUUGGAGUUUGUUUUGCAACGACAGACUUUUCUUUUUUAAGUAUACUUUUCAUGAUCUAGAUAUUGUGACAAGAGAACGUAUUAGAAUAAAUGUGGAGGAGGAGACUUUUAUGUACAGAAAUGUAUUUAGGAAGAGAGAUAGAGGUGGGGUGACACCAUCUGACUGCACCAAGUGUCACCAAGCCUAGCCACACCUCUGAUCUUAGAGAGCAGACAUUGAGUGUUAGAAUUGUAAUGUAGACCCUAUUGCAAAAAAACAACCCAUGCCCAGACUACGUCACACGUACCAGAAGUGAACACCCGAACAACGUAACAGAGUUACUUUUUUUUUUACUACUGCAUGUAAUUAUAGUAUAAUUAUAUAUGUAAUUAUAUUAUUACGUCAACGACUUGUAAAUUGUAUGAUACAUUAUUGAAAUAAAUAAUUGUUGAGUGUGUUACGAGCAGA